CUGACUUCCUGUUUGAACUGUCUGCCUGAGACAAAAUGGCUUCCAGGUCAGAGGAGGAUCUCUGCUGUCCUGUCUGCCAUGACAUCUUUAAAGAUCCUGUGGUCCUGUCAUGUAGCCACAGCUUCUGCAAAGCCUGUCUGCAGAGGUGGUGGACAGAGAAACCAACAAAAGACUGUCCAGUUUGUCAGAGAAGAUCUUCAAAGAGUGAUCCACCCCGUAAUUUGGCACUGAAGAACCUGUGUGAGGCCUUCUUACUGCAGAGAGAUCAGAGAGCUUCAGCAGGGUCGGAGCUCCUCUGCAGUCUGCACUCUGAGAAACUCAAGCUGUUCUGUCUGGACCAUCAGCAGCCAGUGUGUCUCGUCUGUCUGCAUUCAGACAAACACACCGACCACAAGUUCAGACCCAUCGACGAAGCUGCUCAGGAUCACAGAGAAGAACUUCAGAAAUCACUGAAGCCCUUCCAGGAGAAACUGAAGGUCUUUAAUAAAGUCAAAGGAAACUGUGAUCAAACAGCAGAGCACAUUAAGGUCCAGGCCCAACGCACAGAGAGGCAGAUUAAGGAGGAGUUUAAGAAGUUUCACCAGUUUCUCCAAGAGGAAGAGGAGGCCAGGAUCGGCGCUCUGAGGGAGGAAGAGGAGCAGAAGAGUCGGACGAUGAAGAAGAAGACGAAGGGUCUUAACAGAGAGAUAGCAGCCCUUUCAGACACAAUCAGAGCCACAGAGAAGGAGCUGAGAGCUGAAGACGUCUCAUUCCUCCACAACUACAAGGCUACAGUGGAGAGAGUCCAGCGCCCCCUGCUGGAGGAUCCACAGCUGCUCUCAGGAGCUCUGAUAGACGAGGCCAAACACCUGGGCAACCUGAGCUUCACUGUCUGGGACAAGAUGAAGGAGGUGGUCUCCUACACUCCUGUGGUUCUGGACACCAACACUGCCCAUCCAGCACUCUUCCUGUCUGAAGAUCUGACCAGUGUGGGACUAGGAGAGAGACAGAAACUUCCAGAUAAUCCAGAGAGAUUUGACUUCUGUUACCCCUUUGUACUGGGAUCUGAGGGCUUCAACUCAGGGACUCACAGUUGGGAUGUUGAGGUUGGAGACAGUGCAGGCUGGGUCCUGGGUGUGACAGAAGGGUCUGUCCAGAGGACAUCGGAAAUUUGGGCCCCCUGGAAGACCCUGGAGGACCCUUGGGGGUCCCCGGCCCCCACAUUGAAAACCACUGAGUUGGACUCCAGGUAA